AUGUCUGGGAGUGAGUGUACCCAUGUGGGUUUGCAGAAGCUGUCCCAGAUGCAGUCAGACACCAGAGACACUUCUGUGAUCCUGUCCAUGGACAACAAUCGAUGUCUGGACUUGGAUAGCAUCAUCACUGAAGUCCGAGCACAGUAUGAGGAGAUCACACAGAGGAGCAAGUCUGAGACUGUGGCCCUGUACCAGAGGAAACUGGGAGAGCUGGAAAACACAGCUGGCAGGCAUGGGGAUGACCUGAAAAACAUCAAGAGUGAGAUCUCUGAGCUCAAAAGGAUGAUCCAGAGGCUUCAAGCUAAAAUUGAGAAUGUCAAGAAGCAGAACGCUAACCUUCAAGCAGCCAUUGCCGAUGCUGAGCAGUGUGGGGAGAUGGCUCUUACGGAUGCUAAUGCCAAGGUGGUGGACCUCAAGGCUGCCCUGCAGCAGGCCAAGGAUGACCUGGCCCACCUACUUCAUGAUUAUCAGGAGCUCAUGACAGUCAAACUAGCUUUGGACAUGGAGAUAGCCACCUACAGGAAGCUGCUGGAGGGAGAGGAAUGCAGGAUGUCUGGAGAGUGCCCGAACACCGUGAGCAUCGAAAUGGUCCACAGCACCAGCAGCAGUAGUGGUGUUUCCAUGGGAGGAGAAGCUGGUGGACUUGGCCAAAGUGGCACCAGUGGGGGAAGUUAUGGCAGUGUGGGGAUGGGCAACAAGGGAAUGGGCAGUGGGGGCAGUUAUGGGGGCAUUCGCGAGGUGACCAUUAAUCAGAGCCUCCUUCAGCCUCUUGGGGUGGAGGUGGACCCUGAGUUUCAGAAAGUAAAAAGUCAAGAGCGUGAGCAGAUCAAAGUUCUCAACAACAAAUUUGCUUCUUUCAUUGACAAGGUGAUUAAGCUAUAG